AAACGUUAUCAGUUAUAUGAUAACACAAAAAUAGAACAUAUAGUCAAUAGUGAACUGUUUUUGUAAAGGGGGGCUACAUUCUAGAACAUUUCGAUGACCUUGACCCGAAAGUCUUUACUUUCGCUUUAGGCACUUAGUCGGAUACCGCUUGUUACAAGAGAUAAGAAAUGGCUGCCAAUAAGGACAUGUUUCUGUGGUGGGGUUCAGGCUCCCCUCCCUGCUGGAAGCCCAUGCUGGUUCUGGCGGAAAAGGAGAUGUGGGAGAGUCUGCCUAACAAGCUAAUCUCAUUCGACAAGAAGGAAAACAAGGAGGCCGAUAUUUUGGCUGCCAAUCCACGUGGACAGGUGCCGACGUUCAAGGACGGCUCCCUAGUCGUGAACGAGUCGAACGCCAUCUGCAUGUACCUGGAGGAGAAGUACAGUAACGAUAGCAACCGGCUACUUCCUGUCGACGUCGAGGAGCGCUCGCAGGUGUAUUGGCGCAUGUUCGAGUCCGGUAACAUUCAGAGCAACAUCACAGUGCCAAUCGUGUACUCAAUAUGGAAUACGAAGCCCGAGGACCGAAACCAAGCUGAACUCGAUGAAAAAUUCACGAAGGCCAAGGAAGAACUCGGAUACUGGGAAAGGACGCUGACCGGUCGUUCUUACCUCGUCGGCGACAGAUUCACAAUGGCGGACGUGUUUUUUUACCCGUUCCUCGCUUUCCUCGUGCGUUUGGGGGCCACGUUGAGGGAGUUUCCGGCGCUAAAGCAGUAUUAUGACCUUAUUUCUCAGCGACCCACGGUACAAGCGACGUGGCCUCCCCACUGGAAGGAGGGUUCCACCGCACCUAUUUUAGCUGCCCUGUAGCCCAGUCGGUGAAUAGUGGGAUCGGGCGACGGUUGCUUUGAUUUACUGACGCCCGCCAGCGGCAACUAUGUUCUGAGCAUCUUUACUUAGGGUACAUUAAUUGUAAUCCAUCCACUAUAUAGGAAGUGGUGCACACAUACACACUUUAAAUGAGACAUUUUUCAUGUAUUUUUUAUAUGUAUUAACUAUAUGUUAAGAUACACUUUUAUGAUUGUUAUUUGUAUUAUUCGGCUGAAAACUCCACUAUUUUCAGCAAUAUUUCUAUUUGUUGCCAUAGCAACCAUAAUUGUUGACGUAGGAACAAAAUCAAAUGACGUGCUUAAUCUCCAUAUUGCCACCUAUCCAUGUUUCAAGUUUCAUGAAAAAAAUAUGAAGAACUUUUUAAGUUAUCGUAGGAUCCACUAUUUUCAGCAAUAUUUCUAGUCUAUUUGUUAAUAUUUCUAGUCUAUUUGUUGCCAUAGCAACCAUAAUUCUUGACGUAGGAACAAAAUGAAAUGACAUGCAUAAAUUCCAUAUUGCCAUCUAUCCAUUUUUCAAGUUUCAUGAAAAAAUAUGAAGAACUUCUAAAGUUAUCUUAUAUUCCAGAAAAGUGUGACUGACAGACAUAGCGCAAACCAUAAAUCACCUCCGGUUUUACCAGUAGAAGACAACAAGAAAUUGUUGGAUGAGUAACUCGUUUUUUUGACAUUUUUAUCAUAUGCCAACUUGCCGUGGUCAGAUGUGUGAUCAUAUACAUACUUAUGAGUUGUAUUGUAGCAUUGUAGUCUGAACAUUGCUGUGUGUGUGUGAUUUAGCUCUUUGUGUUUGGUAUUCAUAGAGAAUCAAACACGCUGCACGAUGUUUUUUUUUUAUAUCCCCACGUAGUAGGAGUAUGCAGUGGCGUUUUCUGUGUGCAGACGUGUUGUGGGGACAUAUGUGUCUGUUGCCCAUUUUUAGUUUUAAACUAAACCAGAAUUUAAAUAUCAAUCUGAGACAAUCAAGAGCACUUUGAAUAUGUUUAAUUAGCAAUAUAGAUAAUACUAGUAAUUAUCAAUAGUCGUAUUCUACUGAACUUUGUUAUACAUACAAAUCCCGUAAAUAAAGAUGACAAGAUGUUAGUGGUUAAUACAGCUAUGUUUUUCUAGCGAGGAUUAAACAUCUGAAGUUAAGAUUUUAUGCCGCCCAAUAAACAUAUUAUAAGUUUA